AUGACUUCCCAUAACUAGACUCGUCAACCGGAGUUCAAGAUGGCGAUCAGCGAGCAGCUAAUAUCGCAACUAAUCGAUCAUUAAUAUAACAUCUAAGUUCUCAUACUAUAAUAAGCUAUACGCGUUAUGUCAGUAUUUCAAAUCAGCCUCUUAUACCGUCCUAAAGUGGAUAUCCGACACUAGUGUCUAGAGAGAGAGAGAGACUGUGUGUGUUGUUUUUUAGCUUACGUCAAAUAGAAAUAGUUGCUGAUCAGCUUUAUGAUACUGUUUGGAAUGAUUGGGAAGUUUUCAUUAGUUUGGAGGUCAACAUGUCGCUAAGAGAGUUGAAAGUAUGCCUUCUUGGGGAUACAGGGGUUGGAAAGUCAAGUAUCGUGUGGAGGUUUGUGGAGGAUAGUUUUGAUCCCAACAUUAAUCCCACAAUUGGAGCAUCAUUUAUGACGAAGACUGUGCAGUACCAAAACGAGCUUCACAAAUUCCUCAUCUGGGACACAGCAGGACAAGAAAGGUUUCGUGCCCUGGCUCCCAUGUACUACAGAGGCUCUGCUGCGGCUAUCAUUGUGUAUGACAUCACUAAAGAGGACUCAUUCCAGACGUUGAAGAACUGGGUGAAGGAGCUUCGCCAGCACGGACCACCCAACAUAGUGGUGGCUAUCGCUGGCAACAAAUGCGAUCUUUCCGAUGCCAGAGAGGUGUCAGAGAAGGAUGCUAAGGACUACGCUGACUCCAUACAUGCCAUAUUUGUAGAAACCAGUGCCAAAAAUGCCAUUAACAUCAAUGAGAUCUUCAUUCAGAUAAGUCAAAGGAUCCCAGUUAUAGACACAGAUGGUGGGUCUGCAGUCAAGGGUUUCAAACUUCGUCGCCAACCAACAGAGUCGACCAGGGAACGCACUUGCUGUUGACGCAGCCGUAAACAAUUUGGCCAGAUCCUCUCCAGCUUCUUGUUUUAUUUUCGAUUAGUGACCAAGGAUAAUAGCAGAUGAAGAAUGUGAUGACAUAGGGGAAGAUACGUAACUUCCUUUUGGAGCCAAAAAAGAAGUUCAGUUAAGAAUGGAAUGAGAUAUAUAGUCUAAAUCCCGAUGCACUUCCUUGAGAAAAGAUGAAAAUGCCCUCAUACAGUUGUUAUACCUUAUCUUGCCUGCUCUUUAGCCCCCGUUCAAAUGUCUUUGGGGAUCCGUUUCUGUUCUAGAUCACUGCCCAGAAUCAGACAGCAACGAAAGCACCUGCUUAACAAAUCAGAUACUGUCCUGUCUUGCUCUCUUUCUCUCUCAUUCAUUCUCAUCUCUGUGCAACAACCUCUGCAAAACUCUAUGAAGUUUCCAAGUGAAGCUGUUGUCUGUACAUUUUAAGAUUUGCAGCACUCCAAAUGCAAGGAACACGGCGGCGUUCUUGUCUCACUAUUUUUGCACAUUUUUGAUGUAUAUGAUAAAAAAUGUGAAUCUCAUGAAAGCUGUCAUAUUCAGGUCCCAUGUCAGUCAAAUUAAGUGAAAAAAUAGGAAAUUAUAUUUUGCAUAAAGUGAAGAAGUCCAUUCUUAGGCCUAUUAAGAUGUUUUUCAUUGUGUAACAGUAUAAAAUUAAUUUCAACUAAAACAGUAACUAAUGUAACUGUAUUACAUUAAUGAUAAAUGCAGUAUGAAAGUGUGCUUAAUUGUCCUGAAAGUAAUGUAACAAAAUGCUCUUAAAAAUAGACCUCAUUAUCUCUCUUUUUUUAUUAUGAUUAUGAGGGUAAAAUGACACAGACAUGUUUUCGUGAGAUUUACUUAAACACAAAUUUACUAUUAUAAAUAUCAAUAUAUGUUUGUAUUUCUGUUACGUAGGACCGGUUGUGAGCACUUCUGUCUUUCCUAUAUUUUGUAUAUGAAAAAAAAAACCCCAACUAAAAUCAGUGGUAGUACUAAAAAUAUAAAUGAAGAUAACUCUGGGAUUCAGCAAGAGAUGUCUGAGCCUUGGCCAGCAGCCCUAUUUUGAGAUGAGUUUAUGAAGUUAUAUAUGAAGAAUGUGCCAAAUCUUUUUUGUGACAUAGUAGGAGUUGGAUCUUGUAGUAGCAGAUCAAGAGGUCAGUGAUGCUGGUGGUGGCAUGUGUGAGUUCAGCAAAACCUUCUGCUUAUUUAAUCAGUUUGCAAGUCGAGAUAACAGUAGUAACACAUUCUUUGCUCCAAUUAGCCACAUUCUGGGAUGCCAGAUUCUUAGCUACAGAUCCAGCCUGUUCUUGGAUUAACAAACAGUUAGAAUGGACUCUUAUGUUUGCCGGUAAAUGUCUGUUGUUACCGCUUUCAGUGCAUUAUCGUGGUAUCUGAGAAGUUCAGUCUUCACGCUUUGAGAUAAAGUUAGCCAGUCUUCUAGAAUGCUGACAAGAAUAGCAGAUGCAAAGUGUUAGAUUUGAUACCUUUUCCAACUGUUCACAUGUUUUUCAUAUCAGAAAUGAGCCAAAUGCCAGAAUUCUGUACACGAAGUGGUGCGAUUUAGGCUUUUGUCCAAGACUUUGUGAAGUGUGCAUUAUGUCCGAAUACUUUCUGAAAUUGCAUUUUAACCAUUUGUGUUGGUUGGCAGUUGGUCUCUUCAGAUCCCUUGCUGUUCCAUUUUAUGACAUUUUUUACUGGAUUGAGUGAUUUUGUGAGGUCUUUGCCAGAUGCCCUAAUUGUCUCAUAAACAUUUUUCAUCUUUCUCAUUCUUUCACUGAAUAACUUUUGGUUUGCACAUCCAAUAUGCUUUUACUAUCUGGACAGGGAUAAAAAAGGAGCAUAUCUGGAAACUAGUCUUGGUUCAGAAAGAACAAGUCAUUUAGAAAAAAAAAAAAAAAAAACAACUAAAGAAAGUAGUUACUCUAUACCAAAUAUUCUGCUUUGAUUAAUUUUUUUCCUGUCACUCAAUUUUUGAGCCUAAAUGUUUUCUUAAGAGCUCUACUGUCAGUUUUGUUGAAGAAAUACACUUAAUUUGGGAGAAAAAGUCUUAAGAAUUGCAGAAAAUACCUUAUUUUUUGACAAUCUGUGAAACUUACAUUUAAAAGAUUUAGAUUAAUGUACACACUAUUCGAUCAAAACCAUUAAGAUAAUGUGGUUGAGUGGCUCUUUUUCUAUACAUCAUGUAGAAUUUACACUGAGGUUUAUUCAACCAAAAUUGAACAUUAUCUUUUACAGUUUUGUCAUGUAUGUGAAUAUAGAGUAAAUACAUUUUGCUUUUUUAACUGCAUACCCACAAUGACAAAGUGGAUAAAACGUGCUUAUAAUGUGAUUCAUCUACAUGCACAUCAGUAUAACUCAUGACACCAUCUCUGUUGUUUUUAGAAAUUAGUAUGUGGCUUCUGUAAUUUGUCUUAUGAUGGUACUUUAAAAAAUUUGUCACAAAUAUUAUCGCAUAUGCUUUUGACACAUUAUAUUGGCGUAUAGGAGUGUUUAGCGAAUCAGAAUGAAUAUUAUGGGCAUCGUCAAAGUCUUGCGUUUCUUUUGCCGUCAUUUAUCUUGUGAUUUUAUAUGCAGUGAUGCCAAUGCACCGUAAUGUUUUCAGGAAUUCACAAGUGCAAUAAUAAUACUUUUCCCCUCCAAAAUGUGUGCUGUCAGUAAUAAUAGCCGAGAGAUUUAUAGACUUAUUGCAGUAAUUGUAGUUAAUCCAUGAAUUUUAACACAACAAUAUUUUCCUUUAGAGACCGUGCUUGUUAAAUGGAAAAAAGGGAUUACUUGGAACAAUACUUUGGGGAUAAAAUUGCACUUUUUCAGAAUUGCUGUGUCUUUUGCCCUAGUUGAAACAACUUGAAAAAAUUACAGUCCUAAGCAGUUUCUAUUGAUGUUUACACAGAGAACAACAUCCAAAUUGAUUCUUCCAGUGUCUGUAAUAUACCUUACUGCGAAGUAAAACCAGAGUCUUAAACUUUUUUGUUUUCUUUCGGUCAUUUCGAACUAAUUGGAGAAGGAAACAGUUCAACUAAUGUCACAUGUUAUUAAACUCACUGAAGGGCCUUUACAAUGUAUGGAAAUGCAUUACUAGCUCUAAAUGUUGUGGAAUAGCUGUUUUUUGUCUUGUAUAGAGCCUGUGAUCCACAGCGAGACCAAACGUCUCAUUUAGUCCUGUUGAAGUUCUUGACUUCUUUGCCAAUUGAAAAGGACUUGCUGAAUUGGUUGUCCUCUUGCUAGGGAGCACAGGCUUUGCAUUAAUGCCUUUGAGGGGAACUACAUGCUACACUUGAGUCAGACAGUACGAUAUGCUGUCUGGUGUGGUUUGCAGUGGUGUUUAGGUUGAAGAACAAUGCCAACAGUCUUGGGCUGGCCCUAAGAAAGUUGUGAAAUUCUGCUUACGUACUUUACAUCCUUGUAUAUACCACACAUAGAUGAAUUGUAUAAAUUAAUUGAUAUGUAGUCUUUCAAUGUCAAUGUCAUACUUACCAUUGUAAUUCAGUAUAUACAAAAGUAAUUUAACCCAAUCAUUAGGUGUUCUUGAUAUUUAGCUUAUUUCUUUUAUUAUUUUGUCAUACAAUGAAUGCUUGAAAAUAACAUUUUAUUUGUUGAUUUGUGAAUGUGCAAAAGGGAAAUGUUAAGCUUUUUUAUUAAUAAUAAAGUUAUACAAAAUCUG